CGUCUCAUCACUUCCGGUUUGCUGCCGUGCUGCGAUGAGCAGUUCGCACACGUGUGUCGGCUGGGUCCCGCAAGGGGCGGCCCGGGAGACUCCGGAGAAGGUGACCUUGACUAAACAGGAGCUGGAACAGUUAAUCGACAAUGCAAAAGAAGAAUUUGAGGACCAGGAGCAGGAAGAUGAACAGACAGCAGAGGGGACAGAGGUCCACACUGCCUCUGAUGAUACUGAGACUCCGAAGGGCGAAGAUGAGGAGGAGCAGGACAACGACAGUCUGGCAGAGUACGAUCUGGAUGGGUAUGAUGACGAGAAAGGUGGAGUGAACCUUGGUGAUAAUCUGGCGGGUCUCACAGUCUAUGCAAGUAAUGAAGAUGACCCGUACGUCACUCUGAAGGACACAGACCAAUAUGAAGAUGAAGAUUUUAAGAUCAAGCCAAGUGAUAAUCUGAUCUUGGCAGGGAAAGUGGAGAAGGACUGCAGCAUGCUUGAGAUAUACGUGUACAAUCAGGACGAGCAAAGCCUCUAUGUACAUCAUGACGUCCUGCUUCCUGCCUACCCGCUUUGUGUUGAGUGGCUCAACUUUGACCCAAACCCGGAAAAGACAGUGGGGAACUACGCUGCAGUGGGAAGCAUGAAGCCGGUGAUUGAUGUGUGGGACCUAGAUGUGGUUGACUGCCUGGAGCCCAUCUUCAGCCUUGGAAAUGAAGCAUCAAAGAGGAAACGGCAGAAGGGAGCAGAGUCGAGAACGGAGGGACACACUGAUGCAGUUCUUGAUCUUUCCUGGAACAGACACAUCAGGAAUGUUCUAGCCAGUGCUUCUGCGGAUGAGACUGUGAUUCUCUGGGAUAUGUGCCAGAAGAAACCUGUGACCCGUCUUAGCUCCCACACAAACAAAGUGCAGACUCUUCACUGGCAUCCAUUUGAAGCACAGACACUUCUCUCUGGCUCGUUUGACAAGUCUGUCGUUCUGUACGACUGUCGGAAUCCAAAGGACAGUCAUCGCAGCUGGAGGUUCAGUGGUGAAGUGGAGCGAGUGGUGUGGGAUCAUUUUUCACCCUGCAACUUCCUGGUUAGCACAGAGGAUGGUUUUGUGUACUGCUUGGACGCUCGGUCAGAGAAACCACUCUACACUCUCAAAGCUCAUGAUGGCGAAGUUACAGGUCUGGAACUCAGCAGCCAGGUGAAAGGUUGCUUGGUGACAUCAUCAUCUGAUAAACAUGUGAAGAUCUGGGAUAUUUUGGGGAAUAAGCCAAGCCUGAUACACUCCAGAGACAUGAAAAUGGGUGUGGUGUUCUGUGUUGCCUGCUGUCCAGACUCGCCGUUCAUCUACUCGUUUGGGGGACAGAAGGGAGGUCUCCGUACCUGGGAUAUCAGCACUGUGUCAGCAGUGAACACUGCCUUUGGAUCCAGUGAGCGAUUACAAGUUGCUGCACCGUGGUGUUCCCCAGCUGCUGGUUCUACAGCUGGCAGUCUGACAGAUGUUGCCAUGGAGUCCUGGCCUCAAUAGCAAUGGUCACCUCAACACGAGCCAUUCAGACCCUUGGUGCUGGAUACAGCUUAGACAGUUUUGGUCAAAGAAAAUUAUUCAUAUGAAUUAUUUAGUUUUAUUUUAUUUUACAAAUAAAUGCUUUGUGUAAUGCUCUGGUGCAUGUACAAUAAACUUAGACCAUGACUAUUCCUGUGUAGUUUCACA